GGAGCACCUCCCAAGGACCCAACCCAUGGUUUAUAAAACCGGCUCGUUCGAAACCCUAACCCUAGCUCUGGUAUCUCCCUUACAGCUUCAGCCAUGGAGACGGCCAGGACCGUGAAGGACGUCUCGCCUCACGAUUUCGUGAAGGCGUAUGCCGCCCACCUCAAGAGAUCCGGAAAGAUGGAACUUCCUCACUGGACAGAUAUUGUGAAGACUGGGAGGUUCAAGGAGCUUGCUCCUUAUGACCCUGAUUGGUACUACAUCAGAGCUGCUUCCAUGGCAAGAAAGAUCUAUCUGAGACAGGGUAUUGGUGUUGGUGGUUUCCAAAAAAUUUACGGAGGGCGCCAGAGAAAUGGAUCCCGUCCACCACAUUUUUGCAAGAGCAGUGGUGCAAUAGCUCGCAACAUCUUGCAACAACUGCAGAACAUGAACAUUAUUGAAAUUGAUCUGAGAGGUGGGAGGAAAAUAACUUCCCAGGGGCAACGUGAUCUAGAUCAAGUAGCAGGCCGGAUUGUCCUUGUACCUUGAUGAGUUGCUGCUGCGGUUCUGGUCCCUGUCUUCAAUGAAGAGAUCUUUGGUUAUGGUCUUUGGCAGUUUUGCUUAUAGCAUUUCCCUAUUCAGUGAUGCAGGUGGUUUGUUAAAACCUUUUUUAUGUUAGCAUUGGAAACUCUUAUGGGCCAGUUGCGUUAUUCUCUGUAAUCCUUUUCAUUGUUUUCUAGUAAAACUCACUUUGAUCCAUGGUCUGAUUUGUUAGUAAUGGUGCUCAAAAAUUUGAACAUCACCAUUGUUGAGCUGGUAAUGCAUGCCAAAUUCUGUCAAAGCUCAAGUGACUGAUUGCGCCUCGUACUUACGUGAUGUUUAAACAAUUUUCCGAAAGUCUGCUAGUGAAUUAAGUUUUUGAUGCUUGGGCCA